AUGUUAGAAGAUAAAAAUGUCCCAUCAAAUUUAUUAAUAUCAUUCAAGCAUUUAACAGUUUUAACGCGUAAAAGAAGCGGAAUAAAGACAAUUCAGUUAUUAAUCGAACUGACCGAUUCAUCUCGUCUUCCUUGGUUUACUUUCGAUAAGAAAUAUGAUGCAAUUGUAGUUCAUAUGUUUGAAUUUUUAGUCUAUAAAAAGAUACUCAGCUCUCCUCAGAAAUCUGGCGUCUCUCGUCUAAAAUACCAAGUUCAAGGUAAGACAAACAAUACAGAUAUAGAUGUUUUUGGAUAUGUUCCAAAUUCACAGCUGGAUCCAAAGAAUUUAGUUUUAAUUGCUCAACAUAACAAAAUAUUAAAAUCAUUGAAUUACAAUCCUUCAAUCUUUCCACCACCUCAAGUAACUCGUAAAGAAUUUGAUGAAUACAUGAAAGAAUUAGAGAUUAAUACAGCAUUUAGCGAGAUAGCAAAUCGAGGUCUUGCAGAAGAAGCUCGACCAUAUGUUUGGCCUAUUAUUUUAGGUCUUUACCAAAAUGAAAAAGAAAAAGAGCAAUCUUUGAAGCAAAAACUUGAUGAAUAUUUAAUUUACAAGAAACAAUGGAAUCUAUUGACCCAAGAGCAAAUCGAUAACUCUAGACCACUUAUGGAUAUCAUUCAAGUUAGCGAAAACGAUGUACGACGUAACGAUAGAAACUUACCUCAAUUUAAAGAAGAUGAUUCACCAAAUCUUGCUUUGUUAAGAGUUGUUUUGCGUGUAUACUCAAUGUAUAAUAGAAAUUGCGGCUAUGUACAAGGAAUGGCUGAUAUUGUAACUCCAUUAAUUUUAUUAUUUAUCAAAUCAUGGAAAAACGAUAACAAAACCGCAAUAUUUUUCGAUGAAUCAGAGAGAACCAUGGAAGAAGCCGAGAGUUUCAUAUUCUGGAGCUUCGCAUCUGUUAUGAACAUCACUCAACAAGAUAGAGUUUUCGGAGACCUCGAACACACGAAGAAUUUUGUUAUAGAAAAGGCUGCUACACUUGCGAAAAUCUUACAUCCGCCUCUAAGAAACAUUAUUGGAGAAUCAAAAGAAAUUAAUGACAUGAUUUUCUUGUUUUCCCCUUAUAUCUUACUUUUCAAACGAGAUUUCAAACUUCCUGAUGUAUACAGAGUAUGGGAUACAAUUUUUACUUGUUCUUGUCCUUAUCUUUUCGCAAGAUACAUUUUAACAGCAGUUCUUUUACUUAUCUUCCCGAAGAUGCUUAUUAAGACUGAUGGAGCACUAUGGGAAGUCAUGGGCAUCACAGAUGGCUUUCUUCAGAAUGCUGACGUGAGAUGUAUUUUACAAUUAGCUCUUACAAUAUCAGAGAAGGUCAAGAAGCUUCCAAAGGAUAGUUAUAAUGAUAUAACUAUGCCAAUUUCUUGGAAUACAGCCCAUAGCGCCUUCAAACCAAAGUUUAUGAAACUGAAAUAA